AUGCCCACAGGGGGACAGCACCUGGCACAGGCUGCAAGAAUCGCCCUCGACUCCAGAUCAGCCACAGCAAGACAUAAGGAGAGAAGGACGCAGGUGAGACCCAUCUAUCCCUUUGCCUUUGCAACCCUCAAAACAGUAUUGCAUUUCCUAGCAGAGAAACAGUUCGUGAAAACAGGUCAACAGCGCCACAGACUCUGGGGAGAAAAGGAUUCUCCACUGGCCUAGAAUGUAUUUUACUGGAAGGAAGAGCAAGCCAAUAAGGGAAUGGGCACCACUUCUGGGCCAGCAGGAACGGGGCAGGACUGGGAAUGUAAGAUGGCAGCGAUUUCCAUUACAACCUGCAUUCCUUGCAAGCAGACCUGUUUCCAUUCUGCUGCAGUUCCGUCUCAGUUUUUGUCGUUCCUCUCGCCGUCCACUGUUUAACCUCAGCUGUGUAACUAUUUAUGCAACUUACAUCCAUGCCAAUGUAAAGGAAACAUCAAAACAAUGUAAAAGUAAAAAAGGAAAAACCUCACAAACAUCGUUUCAUAUCGUUUGUGAACUUAAAAAAAAUUACUGCGAUGUGGACUAAUAUUGAUCACAUUUGCUUUACUGGUUGCUGUUCCUGACCACAGACGAUCUCAGGAGGUGUAGCAAUUUCCGAUUCCUUUUCUGUAUUGGGCAAAGUUCUCCGGCAUCACUGGGCAGGGCUUGGGGGUGGCAAAAAAAAGGUUGAAACACAAAGACUGAAUCCCUGCAAGCAGGGGAGGAGGAAGGGGGGCGGUGGGGGCAGUCCGCCCCGGGUGUCACCACUGAGGGGGGUGACAAAAUGGCAUGCGGCACUCACCGGAGAGCUUGCAGUGCGCCUGAGCCACGCAUCUCUCCUGGGAGUGACAUGGUGGCUUGGACACCCACGGGCUCCAUGCUGCCCCAAACGCUGUAAGGCUGCUGAAUGGGAGGAGGCAGGCAGAUUCUGAUAGGUUUCUAUUAAUUGCCACUGUGCAGUGCUUGGAGUCACAAGACUCUGUUUACAUUCCAGAGACUCCAGGCUGUUGGAAGUCUCACGGGAGACGGAUGUUUAUAUUACUGGUUUCCUGUUCCUUUGUCCCAGUUACCUCUCUGCUCUCGCAGAGAGAGGAUGUAUUUUUCUUUUCUGUCUGCGUAGUUAGAAAAUAAAACUCUUAGCAUGUAGCUCAUAUUUCUCGUCCUUCCACAUGCUGCUGUAUACUCUGCGUAAUGGGGGAAUGUCAAAGGCUCAGGUCGUUAAUCAACGUCGGAGGACUCGACCGGAGGAAUAGCUCAGCCGAACGCAAGUCCGACAGAUUCCUCGGAGGCCCCAUGGAACAUCCUGCCCUGGCUCGCCCAGUCCCAUGGGCAGCUGGCCCCACCCCUGGGCGCAGGGCCCCUGGGCCCUGGGCCCCAGGUGCCCAAUCGGCUUGCUCUGCCACUGCCUGCAAAGGCUUGUAUGAUCCCACACUGAGCCCCAUAACCUCAGUGCGGAGCCAAGGCACAGGGUAAGCCGACCAUUUUGGGCUGUUCCACUGGGGAGAAAGACGCAUAACUGUGGCUGCUCCCCCUUCUCUGGAAACACAAGAAGUGGUUGUUGUUCCCCAGGUCUCUCUCUGUCCCCUGAAAGGUAGAAAAGAGAGGCAGAAAGGGGAGGAAAGAGGCAGUCCGUAUAUUAGCAAAGGCGGGAAUUAAUUUGAGGUGUUCCAGAAACAGAAACCAAACAGGGUGAUUUUUCCCAGUAGAUGUUCUCUCGUGGAAUAAAGUGCCAUAUUCAGGGCGGUGUAAAAGCCUCUUCUUCCAGUUUAGGGUCCUGGUGUUCAAAAUGGUAUUGCCCCCAAAAGCAUCUGGAGAUUUUUCUUACAAAUCGCAACACAGCUAACUUUGCUUUCCGUAUGACUUGGAAACUACUGAACCUGGCUGCUGUGUUGCAGCAAUAUUUGAUGUUGUCAAAGCAGAUGAGAUAGUUUGGGUCUUAUAAGCAACUUAGCAUUGCCUGUUUUUUGAAUUUUGAAUGAUCACAAGCUCAAAGCCCCAAAAAUACACACACACCCGGCGCAACACACUGGACCCAUCAUUUCUGGAAAUGCCAGGCCCUUAGCUGGGAUGAAUGUUGCUGACACUUUCUUUUCCCAGGAGAAGCAGAAGAUGGGGCAAGUGGUCUACCUUGGACUCUGCCUGUUGGGCUGCCUGAUCCUGAACCCUUUGGCAGAAGGUGAGCAUUAGUAGAAGGGGAGGAAGUGUUGGUGCUGACCUUGAAAGCCCUAAGCAGCCUCGGUCCAGUAUACCUGAAGGAGUGUCUCCACCCCCAUCGUUGAGCCCAGACACUGAGGUCCAGCUCCGAGGGCCUUCUGGUGGUUCCCUCACUGUGAGAAGCCACGUUACAGGGAACCAGGGAGAGAGGGCCUUCUCAGUGGUGGUGCCCGCCCUGUUGAACGCCCUCCCACCAGAUGUUAAAGAGAAAAAUAACUACCAAACUUUUAGAAGACAUCUAAAGGCAGCCCUGUUUAGGGAAGCUUUUAAUGUUUAAUAGGUUAUUGUAUUUUAGUGUUUUGUUGGAAGCUGCCCAGAGUGGCUGGGGGGACCCAGGCAGAUGGGCGGGGUAUAAAUAAUAAAUUAUUAUUAUUAUUAUUAUUAUUAUUAUUAUUAUUAUUAUUAUAUCACAGAUCAGGUGUGGAAAAGCCCCUGCUGGAGCUGCAUAGACAACACUUUGCUGCAACCAUUUUGGCAAUAACGUCUGGGUUCCCAUAAAGAGGGGUGUGAGCCGGUGGCAGCUCAAGGGGGAAAGAUUAGUUUGGAAAGAGCCAGAAGGAACCUCCCGAUUCCUAACGGCAGGGCUUCCUUGAGGGGCUCCAUCUGUCAAGGAAAGGGUUGGUGGUCUGGGGGAUCUAUUCCAGUCUCAAUCCAAUUCCUCACAGGUGCCGCCAAUCGCAGCCAGAGCGCUCGCGCUCCCUGCCCUGCAGGAGCCCUCUUCUACAGAAAGUACUGCUAUGAGUAUUCUAGCUCCAGCCUCUCGUGGGAUGAUGCCGAGGUAAGUUUCACCAGGGGGAAUGAGAAGAAAUAAGAAAGUUACUAGGAACUUCACAUAGCAAAAGACCAGAAACAUACAUUUUGGGAAUAUUGAAUAUCUGAAGGCAGCCCUGUUUAGGGAAACUUUUAAUGUUUAAUAGGUUAUUGUAUUUUAGUGUUUUGUUGGAAGCUGUCCAGAGUGGCUGGGGAAACCCAGGCAGAUGGGCGGGGUAUAAAUAAAUUAUUAUUAUUAUUAUUAUUAUUAUUAUUGUGAUAUUUCUAGAGAAAAUACUAAAUUCUUUUUGUAAACGACCUCAGUGGUGAGAAUCCUGGUGGCUGAGUACUGGAAGGGUAACCAGGUACUGACCAAAGAGGAAUGGUUAUGUAAAUUAUGUGAAUAUUUGGAACUGGCCAAAUUGACGGACAUAAUAAGACUAAAGCCAGUGAUUACAGUCAAGAAGGAAUGGAAGUGCUUGAAUGAUUAUUUAGAAAGACAAGGUUCUAAUGUAAAAAUUUGGCUGUGUCUAGAAUGACCUCGUGAAUGGAAAAGGGGAAAAUAAUACUGAAAUACAGAUUGUUAACGGGGAAAUCUGAGGGCUCCCUUGGACAAAAAACAAAACAAAAACAAGGACACCAGCCAGGAAUACCAGAGCAAAACAGCAGCCAGUAGGCUUGGUCUUUAUCGAAGACUGUCACGACAGGACUCCCACCUGCUCCAAGGUGGAAGAAGAUGGAAGCUCCAAACCAAAGAGCCCCCAAACUUUUAUUAGCUGCUAAUCCCCAUGUUACACCCCCAACUGCAUCACUAAUACAUCAUGUUUACAUCAUGAAAAGGGAGGUCUGGUGGCCGUAAUCUGAGCACCCUGGACCCUGCCCCAUGGUUCCCCUUGCCUCCACCAAAUACCCAUCAAGUGUAACAAAAGAGAUCUUUACAUUUCCCUGUUUUCCAGCCAAGUUAAUCACACCCUUUUGUCUUCAUCUGGGUUUGUUGUUUCUGGAAUGGCUACCUGUCUGGCACUCAGGUAUCAGGAUGCCAGGGAUUAUCACUCAGGCAGAGGGGCUGCUGAGUAGCUGAGCUCACAUGUCUAUAUGAAGUUUCCCCAUUGAGCCAGUACAUAGAGACAUUUAUCACUGAAUUCUUACAUUUGGUAUUGUGCAGCAAAGGCCCUUUGAAUAGAUAGGAAGAAACUGUGAUGAAGUGUUUUGUGGGGACAAAUCACAAAAGUCACAAAAGCGAUUGUGCUGAUUUUGGCAGUGGGCUGCACGUGCAUGAUAUCUGCUGGAGGGGCAACCCCCCCCCCCACAACCUAUACAUAAAUUCCUGCAACAGAUAAAAUAUAAAAUGUGAAAGAAAGUGUUGUGAGAGUGAUGGGAGUCUAUUACUAUUAUUAUUUUGUAAAAUGGUGUUUAUUGUAUUGAAAUAUUAUACUUUUCUUUAUUCUUUUACUGUCUACUUUUCUUUUCUUCUUCUUUUUCUGCUUUAUUUUCCCCCCUUUAUAUUAUUUGUUAUGUAUGGGUUGGUAUUGAUGUAUUUACUUUGCAAUAAUAAUAAAAAAGAGAUGAGAGAGAGAGAGAGAGAGAGAGAGAGAGAGGAGCAAGGGCCGACUCCUUGGGAAUCCUGGCUCUGGGCAGCAUCUCACUGGUUUCCCCCUUUCUUCUCUCUGCAGGUCAGCUGCCAGAGGAGACAUGGGUCCCAGCUGGCCUCCAUUCUUUCUGCAAGGGAAGCAAAUGUGGUUUACAGUUACCUGCGACAAUAUGGCUCCAGCAACGUCUGGAUCGGCCUGGUAGCUGACCGUGGUAGCUACCACGUGGUAGGUGCCUUUAGGACUCUCUGAAGAUGCUGACUGUACGAGCUCCUCAGCUCCCUUGAGCUCCUUCAGAUGUAGCUCACUGGCUCUCACUUCCCUCUGAAACCACUUCCUUCCCCAAACGUCAAACCUUGAAGUCCUCAUUUGGAGAUGGGACUAUUUCUCGGAGUGGCUCUUUGGAAGGUUCUGGAACUCCAGCUCCAGAUCCUUGUUGUCUUUCCUCCUUCCCAACUCUCAUUGCGCUAUCUAUAAAGUCACAGAUUCUGUGACAUCUCCCCACCACUGUACAAAUUGUCAGUCCCCUUUCAUCUUUAUGGCUCCAGCCGCUGGAGACUCAAACCAACCCCUUGGCCUUGUCAGUUGCGCUGAUUCCCCAGCUGUGUCCUCUCUGGGGAUAUGGGGAGCAAUGGGCUUGCAUUACCCUUUUAGACCUUCCUUUCUCCUUCUCUCUCUCCAGAAUAUGAUCUGGGAAUGGAGCGAUGGAUCUGUCUUCUCUCAACCCCUCUGGGACGGCAGGAGCAUCAGCCACUCAAUCUCUUCAAGUGAAUGUGUCUCUCUUUCUUAUUCAGGUAUGCAGGAGGAGAGACUGGGGAAGGAGGAGGAAAACCCAUUCCAUUCAAGGAAUAGGUAAAGGGGCCCCUGACCAUUAGGUCCAGUCGUGGCCGACUCUGGGGUUGUGGAGCUCAUCUCGCUUUAUUGGCCGAGGGAGCCAGCGUACAGCUUCCUGGUCAUGUGGCCAGCAUGUCUAAACCGCUAUAGAGAGGAACUAAAACCAAGCAGAGAGGGACGCAGGUGGCGCUGUGGGUUAAACCACAGAGCCUAGGACUUGCCGAUCAGAAGGUCGGCGGUUUGAAUCCCCAUGAUGAGGUGAGCUCCCGUUACUCGGUCCCUGCUCCUGCCAACCUAGCAGUUUGAAAGCAUGUCAAAGUGCAGUAAAUAAAUAGGUACCACUCCAGCGGGAAGGUAAAUGGCGUUUCCGUGCGCUGCUCUGGUUCGCCAGAAGUGGCUUAGCCAUGCUGGCCACAUGACCCGGAAGGUGUACGCCGGCUCCCUCGGCCAGUAAAGCGAGAUGAGCGCCGCAACCCCAGAGUCGGCUAUGACUGGACCUAAUGGUCAGGGGUCCCCUUUACCUUUACCUUUAAAACAAAGCCAUCCUCAGACACUCUGAAAGUUGCAAUGCAGUUCUCCAACCAAGUGUGCACAAAAACACAUAUACUUCCAGUGUGCUUUAAAAUACUAACAUCUGCAAAAGUAACAUGCAAAGUUUCCUUGUAUUGGGGAAAAUUGCUUUGCAAAAACGCGUCGAUUGGUUGAAAAUGGCCUUAAAAACACUGAUGAAUGUUCAGGAGGAGCUAAAAUAUGGUAACCAGACCCACCAAGAAUCACAAACUGUUGUGGAAAUAUAGAGAACUCAAGAAUGGGGAAAUGGGAAACUGACAAAAAAUGAAAAGGACAGACUUACUUAUUCCUGUGCAGAAAGGGCUUGGCAAGGAAACUGAGGACGGGGAGAGAUGGGGCUCCAGAGAGAGAACCGCACUAGUUUCCUCUUUAUACUUGGCACUUCUUAUCACCUGGGCUGCAUUUUUGUUUUUGAACUGUUACCUCCACUGGGGUUGGUGGGCAAAGUCUAGAGUGGUUCUUUGUCCCAGAAUAGGGCACAGGGAACUCUGCCCCAUUGCAAAGGUGGAACUUAAUUUAGAUGCAGAAUUCAGCUUCAGUGAAAUUUCAUUCAUGCAGGCAUGGGGAAUGCUAGAAAACAACUCAACCAUCACAAAGAUCUCACAAACCAAGGGUUCCGUAUGACACACAAACACACCCUACUGGCAAAAGCAGAAUGGCUUGUUCAAAAUACUUCUGCUUACGUAUUUAUCAAAUCUCAUUGCUUUUCCUCGUAAUUGUCUCCCUCUCCAAAACAGGGAAGGAAAUAAUUGAUUCACUCAAAAGGAAGUCUACAUUCUCUCUCAAUUUCUGGACACUCCCUAACAUUCUCUCUCAACCUUCUGCCCUGCAGGUUCCCAGAAAUGGAUCCAGCGUUCCUGUACGACUGCCUUGCCAUACCUUUGCAAAUACAAGGCCACCUAUUAGGCCUGAAACCCUGGACCUGAGAGGAACACCCAAAGACCUCCAGCUUCCCAACAGGUCCAAGGCCAGUCCCCUUUCCCACCUGCUCUGUCCACCUGCAGGAAAUCUAUUCCCUCCCCUCCUCUAUUGGCCUGGAGCAGAAAAAACAAGAGGCGCUUCCCCAAGUAAAUCCAGUUUGGACUCUUGAUUCCACUAAGACCUAGCCAAAUCCGAAGCCUGAGGCUGUGAGCAACAGUACACCCCCCCAAACUGGGAAAUUUGCCCCAUGAGAUAUGAAACCUGUCUCCCUUUUCUGCAGAGAUGAGAUGCUUUUGUGGACUGGUUAGCUGAGUAAACGAAGCUUUCCUUGUGCUUUGCAAAGUGAUGGUGCCAACUUUGAAACCGCCUUUCCCAGACCACAUCAUGGAAAUGCAAACCUUUGCAAGCUGUCUGCUCUUUCUCUCUCUGGCCAGCUCCCGUCUUCCUCCGUAGUGACAAUAAACCUCCUUCUGUGCAUGCAA